CUUUUUACACAAGCAACCAAACCCUAUUUAUACUAACUUCAAAACCCUAUUACUAAAAGACCAAAUAUUACGUAAACUUCAGAACCCUAUGGAAACUCCUAAUCCUCUCACCUUGUCGGCACUCCCUCAUGAUUUGCUGAGAAGUAUUUUUGAACGAUUGAGCUUUGCGGAUUUCCAUCGCGCUAAGAUUGUGUGUUCAACCUGGAAUUCGAUUUCGAAACAAACAGUUCCCAAGGAAAUCAGAUCUCCAUGGCUAAUACUAUUUCCAGAUGAUGGAGUUAAUGGUUGCGUGUUGUACAAUCCAGACGAAGACAGAAUUUACAAAUCAGUGAGAGACUUCUCAGGGACUAUAUUCCUUGCAAACUCGGGUAAUUGGUUUCUUGUAAUGGAUUCUAAAUCCAAUCUCUAUCUCAUAGAUGUGUUUAGCGAGAAUAGGAUCGAUCUUCCGCCUCUAGAAUCUCUCAUGUCAGAUAAUUUUACUUUCGAGCGAAAAGGAGAUAAGAAAUUCAGAUGGCAAGUAACUAAUCUCCCUGACGCUCUAAUUGUUAGAUAUCCAAAAGCUGAAGAGUUAAGAGGUCUUUUGUGGGUAGAUGAGAAAACGGAAGAGUUUGUUGCAGUUUGGUUCUUCGAAUACUCUUGCAACUUUUUAGCCUUUCACAAGAAAGGCGAUGAUCAUUACCGUCACAUUCAACUACAAUCUGUCCUCCCCGAUGUGUUUGUAAGCGUAUCUGAUAUUGUACUCCGUGGUUACUUUCUUUACAUCGCUCGUUCUACUGAUUACAUUCAAAUCCUCGAUUUGUCUAAACAACAAGGUUUCGAGGAUGUUACUCAAAAUGAUUCAUUCAACAUGUUAUCACGAUCUGGACCAUGGGGUUAUCAAAUAAUUUUAAGAAUUGUGGUUACAACAUCAGGAGAGGUUUUGGUGGUUAUAAACAAUCUUUACGAGACAAAUAUUGAAAGCCGCAAGAGCUUCCGCCUCUUCAAGAAGGAUCCUAUUCCACACCCAAAUAAACACUACAACUCGCUUGUUGAGGUAGAUUCUCUAGGUGAUGAAGAGGCUCUGCUUCUUGACUUGGGCAUCACUGUGCCUGGUAUCGAACCAAACUCCAUUUAUUUUACUCGUUAUGACCGUGUCUUUCACCAGUGGGAUUUGAGAGAUUCGAACCUGGACAUCUGUGUGUUCAAUCUCGAAACCAAGACCCUCAAACGCUUCCCUAGUCUCUCCGACAUGAAGCUCAAAGAUGCUCGAUGGUUUCUCCCUUGCAUUUGAAAUUCUUAACUUUUCCUUUAUUUUCUAUGUCUAUUAGCUCUUUUUGUUGUUGUUCCUAAUCCUUUUGGUGCUUUUGGUUCUGAUUAUAACUAUGAGAAUGCUGGCUUUAGGCGAUACUUGCUGGACUAAAGAAUUUAGAAAAGA